CGGAGAGAGAUCCCAUCUCUUCCUGCAUGAACCUGAGACCUCCUCUGAAGCUGCUUUUCUCAGUUCUGCAGGUAUCUACAGUUGUCAGCAUUGUCUUUCACACUGCUUGAGGUCCCAGUCAAACUGUUUGCUCUGUGGGACUGGAUAGGUGUCUAUGGGUACAUGACGAGCGCCUGGAUUUCCCUAAUCAAAGAAGGAAACAAAUGGAGGGUGGAAACCUGUAGAAUCCCCCCUCUCUUGUAUUUGCUUUGUGCCCAUGUGUGCAGGACCUAAUGGGGAUUUCAUUUUUGUUAAAGGACUGAAAUUAUGGACAACCUGAGCUAAAGAUGGGAUCAGUGCUUUCCUAUUUUGAUGGCUUCUUUGGACAUAAGAAAAAGGAAGAGGAGGAGCGACGCUUGCGAGCAAAUGACAGACCUUUCAACCUGUCGUGCCACUAUGCUAACAAUGCCAUCAAGACCUCCAAAUACAACAUUUUUACCUUCCUGCCUCUUAACCUGUUUGAGCAGUUCAGGAGACUUGCAAAUACUUACUUCCUCUUCCUUCUUAUCCUUCAGUUAAUCCCACAAGUAUCCUCACUUUCCUGGUUCACCACAGCCGUACCCCUGGUUUUGGUGCUGACCAUGACAGCGGUCAAAGACGCCACUGAUGACAUAAACAGACACAAAUCUGACAAGCAGGUGAAUAACCGCAUGGUGGAUGUCCUCAUCAAUGGAGAACUGAAAAAAGAAAAAUGGAUGAAUGUUCAGGUUGGAGACGUUGUCCAACUGGAAAAUAAUGAGUUUGUCACUGCAGAUCUGCUGUUGCUCUCCAGCAGUGAGCCUCUCAAUCUGGUCUACGUGGAAACAGCUGAGUUAGAUGGCGAAACCAAUCUGAAAGUGAAGCAGGCGCUGACUGUAACUGGAGAGAUGGGCGACUGCAUCCAAGUGCUUGCAGGCUUCAAAGGUGAAGUGCAAUGCGAGCCUCCCAAUAACCGUCUGGACAAGUUCAAAGGGACCUUAACUGUGAAUGGAGAAAAGUACGGCUUAGACAAUGACAAAGUGCUUCUCAGAGGAUGCACUCUCCGGAAUACAGAGUGGUGCUUUGGUCUGGUCAUCUUUGGAGGUCCUGACACCAAGCUCAUGCAGAACAGUGGAAAGACAACUUUCAAACGCACCAGUAUUGAUCACCUGAUGAAUGUCCUGGUGUUGUGUAUCUUUGGUUUCCUGGCGAUCAUGUGCUCUAUUCUGGCCAUUGGCAAUGCAAUCUGGGAGAUGACGGACGGUUCUGUGUUCACGGAGUUUCUUCCUCGUGAACCAGGGAUUGGCACCUCUCUCUCAUCCUUCCUUUCCUUCUGGUCCUACGUCAUAGUUCUGAACACAGUGGUGCCCAUUUCUCUCUACGUUAGCGUGGAGAUCAUCCGUCUUGGGAACAGCUUCUUCAUAGACUGGGACAGGAAGAUGUAUUACCCUAAAAAUGACACUCCUGCCCAGGCCAGGACCACCACACUGAAUGAGGAGCUAGGCCAGAUCAAAUACAUCUUCAGUGACAAGACCGGCACCCUGACGCAAAACAUCAUGACCUUCAACAAGUGCUCCAUCAAUGGAAAAGCUUAUGGAGAGAUAUAUGACUUUUCUGGACAAAGGGUGGAAAUAACAGAGAAAACAGAGAAAGUGGACUUCAGCUGGAAUCCUCUUGCGGACCCAAAGUUUGUCUUUCACGAUGGCAGUCUGUUGGAGACGGUGCGAGGGAGAAACCCAGAGGCCCAGGCCUUCUUCCGCUUGCUGGCUCUGUGCCACACUGUCAUGCCGGAGGAAAAGAAAGAAGGAGAACUCAACUACCAGGCUCAGUCUCCUGACGAGGGGGCGUUGGUGACGGCAGCGAGGAACUUUGGUUUUGUGUUCCGCUCUCGUACACCAGAGACCAUCACGGUCAUGGAGAUGGGCAGAAAAGUCGUAUAUGAACUCCUGGCUAUUCUGGACUUCAACAACGUGCGGAAGAGGAUGUCAGUGAUAGUAUGUAGCCCUGAAGGUAAACUCACCCUGUACUGUAAAGGAGCAGACACCAUCAUCUAUGAAAGACUACACCCCUCCUGUGACAGACUGAUGAAAGUUACUACUGGACAUCUCAAUGAGUAUGCAGGUGACGGCCUCCGUACGCUCGCUCUGGCCUACAAGGACUUGGACAAACACUACACACAGGAGUGGAGACAGCGUCACCAUGAUGCCAGCACUGCCAUAGAGGGACGAGAGGAGAGACUCGACCAGCUUUAUGAGGAGAUUGAGACAGACCUGAUUCUGCUUGGAGCAACAGCUGUGGAGGACAAAUUGCAAGAUGGUGUGCCACAGACCAUCGAGCAACUGGCCAAAGCUGACAUCAAAAUCUGGGUCUUGACUGGAGAUAAACAAGAGACAGCAGAAAAUAUUGGAUAUUCUUGCAACAUGCUAAGAGAAGAGAUGGGGGAGGUGUUCAUUGUGUCAGCCAACACAGCUGGAGAAGUCAGAGAGGAGCUACAAAAUGCAAGGAGGAAAAUGUGUCCGGAAGCAACAGAGGAGCCGUCUGUGAUCACAGCUCGUUCAGGCCUGUUUUGGCUCCAGAAGACAGAAAGUGUGCAGGAUGAGAAAGCAAAUGGAGAAUAUGCUUUAAUUAUAAAUGGACACAGCCUAGCGUUUGCACUGGCAAAGGACUUGGAGCUGGAGCUGCUGAGAACUGCAUGCAUGUGCCAGACAGUGAUUUGCUGCAGGGUCACCCCCCUGCAGAAAGCCCAGGUCGUCCAGUUGGUCAAGAAAUACAAGCAGGCUGUCACUCUUGCUAUUGGAGAUGGAGCCAAUGAUGUCAGCAUGAUCAAGGCUGCUCAUAUUGGCGUGGGGAUCAGCGGUCAGGAGGGGAUGCAGGCCGUACUCUCUAGUGAUUUCUCCUUUGCCCAGUUCCGUUAUCUCCAGCGCCUCCUGCUGGUGCACGGUCGCUGGUCUUACCUCCGCAUGUGCAAGUUCUUGAAGUAUUUCUUUUACAAGAACUUCACAUUUGCCUUUGUUCACUUCUGGUAUGCCUUCUUUUGUGGCUUUUCUGCACAGACUGUAUACGACGAAUGGUUCAUCACUAUCUACAACUUGGUCUACACCGCCCUUCCUGUCCUCAGCUUGAGCCUCUUUGAACAGGAUGUAAAUGACCGCUGGAGCUUCCAGUAUCCUCAGCUCUAUGCUCCAGGCCAGCUGAACCAGUAUUUCAGUAAAAAGGCUUUCGUGUUGUGCAUGAUCCACAGCUGCUACAGCUCCCUGAUGCUCUUCUUUAUCCCAUGGGCUGCCAUGCAGGACACAGUCAGAGAUGAUGGCAAAGACAUUGCAGACUAUCAGUCCUUUGCAGUGUUGGCACAAACCUGUCUGCUUAUUGUGGUGAGCACACAGAUGGGUCUUGACACCUAUUACUGGACAUCACUAAAUCAGUUUUUUGUGUGGGGUAGCCUGGCUGCCUACUUUGCUAUUACAUUCACAAUGGAGAGCAAUGGCAUGUAUUACAUCUUCAUCUCCUCUUUCCCCUUCAUUGGAACAUCAAGAAACUCUUUAAACCAGCCAAAUGUGUGGCUGACCAUAUUUCUGACUUGCCUCCUUUGCGUCCUUCCUGUGGUGGCUUAUCGCUUUAUUCUCUUACAGAUAAAACCCACUAUCAAUGACAAGGUGAGGUAUAAAAUGCGAAAGGAGGCACUCCCAGCUCCUGCACUCCACCGCGCACGACCCCAGCGUUUCAGCACUCGUCGGUCAGGCUACGCCUUCUCUCACUCUCAAGGCUAUGGUGAUCUGGUGACUUCUCAAAGGUUCCUGGUGAAACGUCCCCUGAAGAGCCGACCGGCCCUGUUUACACAAACAGAAUCUCCCCUGGCUGAAAAUCAGCCACAGCACUACCGUACUAUAAACGAGGAUGCUGAGACACAGAGCCCUUAGAAAAGAUGCACUCAGGGACUUAAACUAUGCAGAGAUUUCUUUUUUUUUAAUUAUUAUUAGGGCCCGAGCACUUACAGUGCGAAGGCCCUAUUAUAUUUCAGUAUUGCGCUUGUAGUUUUGUGUGUUUACUAAACAAGUGUACCUCUGCUUGUGAUACUGCUGAGCCAUCAUUAUUUUUUCUUCUGAUUUGACUUCAUUUACAGAUAAAAUUGUGCCAUAGAAACAUGUUAUGGAAGAUUUGUGAACCAUUCCUGUAAAACUAGAGUAAUAUGAGAUUUCAAAUUAAGUAUAUUAAUUAAAAAGGAUUCAAUUUUAAGAACAAUUCUUUACACACUCAUUAUAAAAAUGUCAUUGAAUUAUACAAAAUUAAAUGGCUAAAAUGUAAUUUACUUCAGAAAUGUAGUUUUAAAUAUGAACAAUUUCAACAUACAGUCACAUUCAACUAAAAUUAUGAAGGUAAAUUGUGAUUAUAAAAAAAGAAAACAAUACUUUCAUGUACCCGUAAAUUAUUGGAUAAAAUUGAGUAAAUGGAGGUUGAAGGAUGUGUUUCAAAUUAAACACUGCAGUGAAAUAAAGAGAUGCUUCUCUGGUAGAAAUUACAGAAUACACUUGUUUAAAGAUGCUGUUUCAAUUUCUGACAAGGUAAAACUUUUUCUAAAAGUUCUGUCUUGCAUAAUCAAUCUUUACAAGACUUUUCAUGAAUUAUUUUGUGAGAUUUAUUUUUGGGUUUAUACAGUUUCCAUGUUCACUUUGGAACAAUGUGGUUCUCUUGUGUUUAUGAUGAUGUUUCAGUCGCUUUGGUACAUUUCUCAGAUCAUCCUCGACAUUUGCAAAACAGUAAGUGCAUUUCUCAAAACAGUUCGUACAAAUAGCAAAACACCAUGGAUUACCUGCAAAAGCCAGUCUCUUGCUCAAAAUCCUUAGUUCAUCUCUCAAAAUUAAAUAUCUAUGUCAAUGAACGUGUCAGUGCAUCAGAAUCACAAGUGCUUGUGUCAUUGUGUACGGAUAAGACAGUCAAAUUGCUUAGUCAUGUUCCCUGUGAAGUUGUCUUGCAGUCCUAUGUGGAAAAAAUAUAGUAAUGCAAAACACAAAAUUGAGUAAGAUAAAAUGUCACUGUAUAUAGUAUACUUACUGUAUAUUGUAAAAUGAAAGUAGAAUACUGUCAUAUUGUAUGAAGCAUUACAGAAAGAAUACAGUAUUACAGUACAGUGCCUAUUGUUAGAUUACAUACCUGUUCUGUCGACGAAAAGUCUGAACGAUUGAGGACACAGUUGUUCUCCCAACAUUUGGCUGCACAACAGCAAACACACAACAGAACACAACCAUCGUAUCUAAUCAAUUUAAGGGGUGAUACUUUCCUCUGUUAGUGAAAUACUAUCACGUGAAUUGUUUUGAUGUGCCAGGGACGGACGAGAAGACGAGAACCCGGAGCAGCUGAUCCGCUGGAGAGCAGCCAACAACAGACUGUUCUCAGGGAAGCGAAAACUGUAGAUCCUCUCUUCUGGCCUGAUUUUUCCAUAUCUACAGUAGCAACCCAAACCAGUUUAACUUUUCAAAAGGCCCUGCCUUUAAUAAAAUUAUUGAAAAUAAUAUAGUCAUUAUAGAAACAUGGGAGAAUUGAAGUUGCUUGUAUGAUAGGAGAAUGAUAGAAAGGUUAAUAUUAAAUGGUGUUAUUAUAACACAUUUUGGAUAAUUAUUAACUUGCAUGAAGAAGGACAACAGCUGGUAUCUAAAAAAUACCUCAGGGGAUAAAAUAAUACAAUAGGCAAAGGUUGAACACCAUACGCCACAGCAAUUACAAGUAACAUAAGUUUUAUUAAAGCAGUAAUUCACUAGAAUCAAUAUAUAGUAUAAUAUGCUAAUGCUAAUAAUAUUGUUAAUAUUGUAAUAAUGAAGAUGUUGAUUAUGAUAACAAUGAUAACAAUGACAAUAAUACCCUGUAGCCCUUUAUAACAAUCCCAAACUGAUCUCUGCAAUUUAUCAACAACUAUCAAAAAUAAUAUUACUGUGAGGUAAAAAUAAAGAUGAACAAUGAACAGAUUGAAUUGAAAAAUUUGAACAAAAUCAUGUUUGAUGAAAUAAAUGUUGACUAUGCAUUCCAAAUACUAACUACUAUAUUAUAACUAGUAUAAACUAUUAUAUAAAUAUUUACAUUGAUUGAUUAGUCAAUUAUAAUUAUUGAUUUUAAAUCUGAUUAAUAUCUGUUAACAUUUAGAUAUAAUCAUGCUGUUGCAGAGCUUGCACUUCAACCACUGGAGCUGGACAGCUUGUCUCUGAUUGUUUCUCCAGAGGACAACUCGGCACAUCCAGAUGCUCCAGGGUCUUCAUCAGGGGGCUGCAUGUCCUGCUCCUCCAUCACGUCUCCAUUGUCCAGGCAGAUAUUGUGCAGGAUGGUUGGAUCGGCUGUUCUUAAGCACCCGAGCAUCGUGGACAGACCCUGGGAAACC